AAACCCAAUUCGUCGGAUAAGUCACAUGUCUGCUUCCCAUUGUCCGCAGCCAGACCCACCGGGGUGUGUACAGACAGACACACUGGGGCGUGUACAGUGAGUGAGCUUCGGGAGGCUGGGUGUGUCACAGUGGUCGAGCUACGGGCGGCUGGGGUUGGGCCGGUUGAGUAGUGUGGCGCGUUGCCCUGUGGUCCUCCUCGGUACAGGCUCGUGUCGCAGCAUCCUUCCAACACAACGCCUCAGCACUCGUCUCGUGAAGGAUGCUCUGGGCGGAAGAUUUGCCGACUGUAACGAUCCGGACCUCGGCCGACAGCAAUGGGAAUGUGAGGCGUGUCUCCUCGGGUUAGAGCUUCUACUAAAAUACCAUUUAAACGGAACAAAACAGCCAUCGCACCUGGAUGGAGAACGGAGGACACGCAAGACUCGAGAUAACGACCAGUGUUUACGAAGGCCAUGGCGAAGUAGUAGCCUCAUAUGCUGAAGAUGAAUACGUUAACCAAAAUGUCUAAAAACAAACAUUCGGAGUCGGUGCGGGUGGUGGUCCGCUGCCGCCCGUUAAACCGGAGAGAAACCGGCCCGACGGAACGGGAAAACAUUUUGGAGAUAAACGACCAAUUGGGACAGAUUACCAUUCGAAACCCCAACGCACCGGCCGAACAACCUCAGAAAACGUUCACGUUUGAUUCUGUCUACGACUGUAACUCAAAUCAAAUGGACAUCUACGACGACACGGUGGGACCCCUGGUGGAGUCGGUGCUUCAUGGCUUCAACGGAACGAUAUUCGCCUACGGCCAGACCGGCACAGGUAAGACAUAUACGAUGCAAGGUGUUUCCAACAAUCCAGAGGAACGGGGGAUUGUACCAAAUUCGUUUGAGCACAUUUUUACCCAGAUCUCCAGAACUCAGAAUCAAAAGUACCUGGUCAGGGCGUCCUACCUGGAGAUCUACCAAGAGGAGAUCCGAGACCUCUUAUGCAAGAACAACAGCCGGAGUCUGGAGCUCAAGGAGAGCGCCGACUGCGGGGUGUACGUCAGAGACCUGUCCUCCGUGGUCACCAAGAACGUCUCGGAGCUGGAGCACGUCAUGAACAUGGGCAACCAGUCCCGGGCGGUGGGCUUCACCCACAUGAACGACCGCAGCUCGCGCUCCCACGCCAUCUUCGUGGUGACGGUGGAGUGCAGCGAGGCGGGGCCCGACGGAGAGGACCACAUCCGCGUGGGCAAGCUCAACAUGGUGGACCUGGCGGGCAGCGAGCGCCAGAGCAAGACCGGCGCCAAGGGCAAGCGUCUGAAGGAGGCCGCCAAGAUCAACCUGUCCCUGUCGGCGCUGGGGAACGUCAUCUCGGCGCUGGUGGACGGCCGCAGCACCCACGUGCCGUACCGCGACUCCAAGCUCACCCGCCUGCUGCAGGACUCCCUGGGCGGGAACGCCAAGACGGUGAUGCUGGCCACGGUGGGGCCGUCGGGCCGGCACCACGACGAGACACUCACCACGCUGCGCUACGCCAGCCGCGCCAAGAACAUCAAGAACAAGCCCCGCGUCAACGAGGACCCCAAGGACGCGCUGCUGCGGGAGUUCCAGCAGGAGAUCGCCCGGCUGAAGGCGCAGCUGGAGGAGCGAGGGGUCCUGGCCAAGGAGAGGCGGAGGAGGAGGAGGGACAGCAAGAGGCUCAGCCGGUGUCUGCCCGGCAUGGAGGAGGAGGAGGGGGGGCUGGGGUUCAAGGAGCGAGACAUGAUGGUGUGGAGCUCCAUGCUGAAGGAAGCCGGAGGAGGAGGAGGAGGCGCAGACGACGGGAACAUCGGGAGCGGCUCCUGCUUCCAGCUGGGGGCCAGGGAGAAGUUUCAGGAGUGGGGGGAGAAGGAGACGCACAAGGACGACAUCCAGUCGGACCAAGAGGCCCUGGAGAAGAUCAUAGAGAAGUACAAGGCCAUGGAGAGCAAACUGCUCGUUGGGGGGAAGAACAUAAUUGAUCACACAAAUGAACAGCAGAAAAUGCUUACGCUGAAGAGACAAGAGAUCGCCGAGCAGAUCCGACGGGAGCGGGAGAUCCAGCAGCAGUUGAUGCUGCAGGACGAGGAGACGCUGGAGGUGAGAGAAACCUUCUCCUCCAUGCAGCACGAGGUGGAGCUGAAGACCAGGAAGCUGAGGAAGCUUUAUGCCAAGCUGCAGAUGGUGAGGUUAGAGAUGUGCGAUGUAAUCGAGGAGCAUGUGUUGACAAGACAAGAGCUGGAGCAGACCCAGAACGAACUGACCAGAGAGCUCAAGUACAAGUUCAUGCUGAUCGAGAACUUCAUCCCGCCAGAGGAGAAGAACAAGAUGAUGAACCGGGUGUACUUCGACGGGGAGGAGGAGCAGUGGCGGUUUCAACCCAUCCUGGCGUCCGACAGAUUCAGGAGCCCUCCUUCCUCCCCCAGGACCCCCACCGCGGUGAAGAGGAGGCCCACCUCGGUGGUCGGUUACAAGAGACCCAUCAGUCAGUACGCACAGAUGGCGGUUGCCACGGCAACGGGAGCACCAUCCAGAUACCAGGCGGAGAACAUCCUGCUGCUGGAGCUGGACAUGUCCCCCCCCACCAUGUUCACCCUGAACCUGAACGGAGCCCACCUGGAGAGGGUCUUCUCCCCCCGUCCCGGGGUGACCCCCAGAGAGAGGGGCCCGGCCGCCCGGGUCCGCAGGUCCCGGUCCUGGUAGGGUCCCCGUUCCCUCGUCUCCUCUC